GAAAACUCCUAAUCCAGAGGGAAUGGAGAUGCAAAUGCAUAGUUUGAAGGAGAAAUCCUCCAGUGUGGAAUCAGUUGCUUUUACAAUGAGUGUUAUGUGUAAAAGGGGCUUGAAUUGUACUGAAGCCUUCAUGCCUAGAUACCUCCAUAACUACAGAUUCUACUUCAGGUGUUGAUGUCCUCUUCAUCCCAAGAAAUCAUCCCCUUAUUAAGCAGCUCUUCCCUAGAUCUUGAAGAUCAGAUCUGAUUUGUUAAGUCAUCCGUUUACAUGACAGCGAUUCAGCUUUAUUCAGCUGCCUCCUUGCCCACGUGAAUAAGGUGGUAGAUGGGUAGUAAAGUCAAGUGAACCUGUUUACCCGAUAUGUGAGAGCCUGGAUCAGUGCAAAGGACCAGAGAGAAGUUUAGGAUUGGAUUGUGAUUUGGAACAGCUGGAGCGAAGAUGAAUUACAAGAAAACUAUAUUAAGUGCAGAGGGACCUUGCAGUGAGCAGCAGAUUGAAAAUGAACCCAGGGCUGGUGGAUUUAGGCACUACUACAGAUGAAUCAGCACUGAAAGUCUUUUAAUGACUAUUCAAACUCCAGAAGGACCAACACCAAAUAAAUUAUGAAUGUUGAACAAGAUGACCUUACAUCCACAGCAGAUAAUGAUAGGUCCUAGGUUUAACAGGGCCCUAUUUGACCCCCUGCUUGUGGUGCUAUUGGCUCUUCAACUACUUGUGGUGGCUGGUCUAGUAAGGGCUCAAACUUGCCCUUCUGUCUGCUCCUGCAGCAACCAGUUCAGCAAAGUGAUCUGCGUGCGGAAGAAUCUGAGAGAUGUCCCAGACGGUAUCUCUACCAACACACGAUUACUGAAUCUUCAUGAAAACCAGAUUCAAAUCAUUAAGGUGAAUAGUUUCAAACAUCUGAGGCACCUAGAAAUCUUGCAGCUAAGCAGGAAUCACAUUAGAACAAUUGAAAUAGGGGCCUUCAAUGGUCUGGCCAAUCUCAACACUUUGGAACUCUUUGACAAUCGUCUUACCACCAUCCCUAAUGGGGCUUUUGUAUACCUGUCAAAACUGAAGGAGCUUUGGUUGAGAAACAACCCAAUUGAGAGCAUCCCUUCUUAUGCUUUUAACAGAAUCCCUUCCCUGCGUAGGUUGGAUUUGGGUGAAUUGAAAAGGCUUUCAUACAUCUCAGAAGGUGCCUUUGAAGGUUUGUCCAAUUUGAGAUAUUUGAACCUUGCCAUGUGCAACCUUCGGGAGAUCCCUAACCUUACACCGCUUGUAAAACUGGAUGAGCUAGAUCUUUCUGGGAACCAUCUAUCUUCCAUCAGGCCUGGAUCCUUCCAAGGAUUAAUGCAUCUUCAAAAAUUGUGGAUGAUACAAUCCCAGAUUCAAGUGAUUGAACGGAAUGCCUUUGAUAACCUUCAGUCACUGGUAGAGAUCAAUCUGGCACACAACAAUCUCACGCUACUGCCUCAUGACCUUUUCACACCACUCCGACUAGAAAGGAUUCACCUGCACCACAAUCCUUGGAACUGCAACUGUGACAUUCUUUGGCUCAGUUGGUGGAUUAAAGACAAAGCACCCUCCAACACUGCAUGCUGUGCCCGUUGCCACACACCUCCUAACUUGAAAGGAAGGUACAUUGGUGAGCUGGACCUGAAUUACUUCACGUGCUAUGCUCCAGUGAUAGUGGAGCCACCAGCAGACCUCAACGUCACAGAAGGCAUGGCUGCAGAGAUGAAAUGCCGAGCAUCGACCUCUCUGACUUCUGUAUCUUGGAUUACUCCAAAUGGAUCAGUUAUGACACACGGGGCAUACAGAGUUCGGAUUUCUGUGCUUAGUGAUGGCACAUUAAAUUUUACAAAGGUGACCGUGCAAGACACGGGCUUGUAUACAUGCAUGGUGAGUAACUCUGUUGGAAAUACCACAGCUUCUGCCACGCUUAAUGUGACUGCAGUGGAAAAUGGUUACACAUACUUUUCAACUGUCACAGUAGAGACUGUGGAACCUUCUCAGGAUGAGGCACGGACCACGGAGCAGGUCGGGCCAACGCCAGUUACUGACUGGGAGACCACCAACAUGACAACCUCUCUCACUCCACAGAGCACAAGGUCAACAGAAAAAACGUACACCAUCCCAGUGACGGACCCAAACAAUGGGAUUCCAGGAAUAGAUGAGGUUAUGAAGACUACCAAAAUCAUAAUUGGUUGUUUUGUGGCUAUCACCCUCAUGGCUGCUGUGAUGUUGGUAAUUUUCUACAAAAUGAGGAAACAGCAUCACCGGCAGAACCACCAUGCUCCAACAAGGACUGUAGAGAUUAUUAAUGUGGAUGAUGAGCUUACAGGUGACACACCCAUAGAGAGUCACUUGCCCAUGCCAGCAAUAGAGCAUGAGCACUUAAAUCACUAUAACUCUUAUAAGUCUCCUUUUAACCACACAACAACAGUUAACACAAUAAAUUCAAUACACAGUUCAGUGCAUGAACCGUUAUUGAUCCGAAUGAACUCUAAAGACAAUGUACAAGAGACUCAGAUCUGAAACAUUUAUGAAGUUAUGGGGUGGGAGGGGACAAAAAAGACGGUUUAUAAAACAAAUGACACAAAUGACUGGGCUAAAUCUACUGUUUCAAAAAAGUGUCUUUACAAAAAAAAAAGAAAUUUAUUUAUUAAAAAUUCUAUUGUGAUCUAAAGCAGACAAAAUUAUGUGUAUUCCUCAAAACCUGUUUUGCUGCACUUAUUUACCCAAGUCCUUUCCUCCUCCUUCCCCUACCUACUCUAACCCCCA